AUGCCAGUUGAAAUGGAGUCCUUGGAUCAGAAGCCCUUUCGCUUGGCGGUGGGUCGAGCUGCCUGGUGGAUACCCAAUCCCGGAAGGGUAGCACGAUACCCACCCAUCCGCACUCUGGCACCCAACCACUUACCUGGAACUUCCGCGGAGGAUACGCGAAAAUUGUCAUUUGCCGCAGCUUUAAAGGAUUUGCUGCAGAACCUGUCGUUCCAUUGUUACAGCAAAUUAGUGGAGUCGGGUCGGCGGAUCCAGGAGCGUUUCUUUUGGUUCGUUUUCCACAUAACCGCUUUGACAGUCUUAAUUGCAUUCCUCUGGGGCACCUACACCAAGGAGCAGGAGGCCUUGGUGACCACCAUGUACCAUCCGAUGUAUCCCAUUUGGAAGGUGGAGUUCCCGGCCAUAUCUGUGUGCAGCUUGAACCGCAUCUCCCAACGUGCGGCCUGGCAAUAUGCCCACAAUCUAAGUGGCAAAGAUCCCAAGCAGCGCAAUGCCAGCCAUUUCUACGACCAACUGAAGGCCUUUAUGUACAUGUACUACGAUCCAUCAGAUCUGAUGGACAUAGACAAUGCCCUUCGCUUUCAGAGCUUCCUGGACAGAUUUGAUACGGCUAAAGAGGAGCUAUUCUUUAAUACCAGGAAUCGCAUGAGUGCCCUCACCCCGAACUGUAGUGAUAUGUUUGUGAGCUGCCGAAUCGCCGGUCGUCUGUUCGACUGCAUGGAUAAGUUUGAGACGACCCUGACCAGUCAUGGCUUCUGCUGCACCUUCAACUACGAUGGAAGAUAUGUAAAUAAAAGGGACUUUAGGCAGCGCUACUUUGGACCCGACAUGGGAUUGGUCUUGACUCUGAAAACGGACCCCAGUGACAACUUUUACAAGAUUAAUGGCCACAAUGGCUAUCCGGACCCCUUCUCCGGCGGAGUGGCCGAGCGCGUGGCCGAGACCGGCUUUAACACCUUGUUGCCUGUGAGGGCAAAGAUUUUCGAGACUCUGCCCGAGGCGCGCAGUAUGAGCCCGUCGGUGCGCAAGUGUCUGUUUGAGAACGAGAUGCCGUGGAUCUUCGCCCGUCAUUAUACCUUCAGUAAGUGCAUCUCGGCCUGCAGGGCGCAGAGUGUGGUCAGCCUGUGCGAGUGCGUUCCAUUUAGCCUGCCCCACAGAUACAUCGAUGGGAGCGAGAAGAGGAUCUACUGCACCCUGCAGCACCUGGCUUGUCUCAAGCGUUACGAGUUCAAGUGGUUGAACGUCAUCACCAGUCGCGAGAACGUGACGGGUCUGGAGCACGAGCUGCAGGACGCCCUCUACUGCCCGCUCUGUCUGGCCUCCUGCACGGAGACGCGCUAUAGUGUCCGGGGAGCCAUGACACUGGGCCUGCCCACUCCCAGCCAGAUCAAGGGUCCUGCGCGAAGCAAUCCCGGACCGCGUGCCAAUAACAGUUACGGCCCAGCAUCGAGUUCCGGAUCCGCAAAGGGCCCAGUCCACAGCUCAUCCGCCCCCGCCGAGCUGGCCGUGGUGCGUAUUUAUUUUGCCGAAACGCACAUUCAAUACUUUCGCCAGAUUAUUAAGAGCGCCUGGUACGAGACCUUCAGUACAAUUGGCAACAUCUGCGGCAUUAUAGCCGGUUUCUCGCUGAUUGGCAUCUGCGAGCUGUUGUUUUUUCUAGCCAAACAAUUAUGGCAGGCAUGCCGCGCAGAGCUGCGGGCCGAGCUCGCCCACAUCCACGUCCAAAUCCGCAAUGCGCAGGUAGCGGAACCGGAAGCGGAGCGGCCGAUGAAGUUGUUUAUACUGCCGUAA